GUAAAGAAAUUUAACAUGGCGAUGCUUGCGGAGCCAAAAUCGAAGCAAAAAUGGAGCAGUGAUCCGCGUAAUACAACUUGGACUAAUGAUACUAGCAGAUUUGGCUACCAGAUGUUAACUAAAAUGGGAUGGCAGAGUGGUAAAGGACUGGGUGCCAAGGAAGAUGGAUCUACAACUCAUGUGAAGUCUGUAAAGAGACGUGACAACUUGGGUUUGGGAGCUGAUAAGUCUAAUGAAGAUAACUGGUUAUCACACCAACUGGAAUUUGAUGAUCUGCUGUCACGCCUUAAUGAUCAUUCAGAAAAUGGUGAUGGAGAGAAGCCAACAAAGAAAAGAAAGAAGCAUGAAAUGGAGAAGACAGCCCGACAAUCCCGAAAGAGAGUGUUUUGUGUAAAUAAUUUGUCUUCAGAUACUAGCAGAUUUGGCUACCAGAUGUUAACUAAAAUGGGAUGGCAGAGUGGUAAAGGACUGGGUGCCAAGGAAGAUGGAUCUACAACUCAUGUGAAGUCUGUAAAGAGACGUGACAACUUGGGUUUGGGAGCUGAUAAGUCUAAUGAAGAUAACUGGUUAUCACACCAACUGGAAUUUGAUGAUCUGCUGUCACGCCUUAAUGAUCAUUCAGAAAAUGGUGAUGGAGAGAAGCCAACAAAGAAAAGAAAGAAGCAUGAAAUGGAGAAGACAGCCCGACAAUCCCGAAAGAGAGUGUUUUACAAUCGCUUCAUCCAGAGCAAGGACUUGUCUUCCAAAUCCGCUGAAGACAUGGCUUGCAUCUUUGGUCAGCGAAGUAAGUCAGUUCCUGGAACUCCUCGAGAACAGUCUGAGGGUGAAGAAUCAGACGGCAGCACAGCAUCUUGUCCGCCACCAUCGUUUCACGGUGUGCAGACUGUAAACUCCGGGCAGAACAUUCAGGAAUACUUUGAGAUGAAAAUGAGGGAGAUGAAGGUCGCAAGAGAGGGAAAAGAAAUGCGAGGAGAGACGGCAGCUCAAGAAGAAAUGGUUACAGGCGAAGCUAGAAAAGAUGGCUCAGAAAAUGCAGAGUUCGCUGACGAAGAAUUAAAGUCAAAGAAAAAGAAGAAGGAAAAGCGAAGAAAAAGGAAGGCUUGUGAAUUGAAAAACGACGAAACUAGCUCGAAUUUCGAUGAGGAUGAAUACGCAGUAAAGGAAAAGAAAAAGAACGCGGAAGUGGAGGGAUGGGAAUCUGGCGAAGGCAAGGAAUGUAAAGUCUUGAAGGAAACAAAGCGAGAAAAACGAAAGAAAAACAAAGGAAAGGAACAGGAGUUUAUUGCUUCACAAGUUUGCGAAAUUAAGGAAGUGCAGGGUGAGAUGAUAGAGAGUUUGGAAACUGAAGAGUCGGUGAAAGGUGGGAAGAAAAAAGAUAAGAAAAAGAGGAAAAAGGACAAAGCUAGUAUUGCUGAAGAUUUGGAAAUGUCGUGCAAGAUUGAAGAACGAAACGAUCACAAAGAUACACUCAAAAAGGCUAGGAAUUCCACCAUGGAAAAAACUUGUAAAGAACCGCUCCCUGAAGCCGAGGAAACAGGAGACAAAAGAAAGAAGACAAGCAGAAAGGACAAAGAUACGCUCUCUCUUGAUGUGGAAGCUGUUGAAAUCAUCGAAAUUAAAAAGGAGAAAAAGAAAAAGAAGAAAAAGGUGAAAUAAAAAGAAGUCGGAAACAGUAAACGCCUAUAAACCAAGGACGGGAAUGAUGGAACAAAAUUGAUAACAAUAAUAAUAAAAUCCAUAUGCGUAUUGUU